AUGUAUCUUCUCAGCCUCCUCGCGGCUUUGCCGGCCGCCGGUGUUUACGCCGCCGAGCAGCUGGAGCAGAAGCUCGUGCCGAUCAAGGAAGCCACCAUUCGUGCCCCAAACAAAUAUAUUCUCGAGGUCCCUGCUGCCGACAUCAAUACGGUAUCGACCAAGCUUGCGAAUAGCGGUGCUAAGAUUAUCAAGACUUUCAAGUCAGAAGUCUUCACCGGUCUCAGCGUAGAGUCGACCAAGGACAAUGUAGACAGCCUUGGUCUUAUAUCCCAGGUCACCAAGGCUUGGCCAGCUGCGCGUUACUCACUGGGAAUCACUCCAGAGGGCUUUGCAGACGACGCUGCUGCUGCUAACUACUCAGCACACGCAUAUACAGGAGUCGAUAAGGCACACGCUGCCGGUAUCACGGGCAAAGGAGUCAAGGUUGCAAUUGUUGAUACUGGUACAGACUACACCCAUCCUGCACUUGGAGGUGGAUUUGGACCGGGCUUCAAGGUCGCUGGUGGUUAUGAUCUUGUCGGUGACGGCGAAUGGCCGUAUUACUCGGACAAAGAGCCCGACUCAGAUCCCAAAGACAGUUUGGGUCAUGGCACUCAUGUCGCGGGUAUUGUUGCUGGCAAGACCGAGUGGUUCACUGGUGUGGCUCCGGAUGCAACAAUCAUGUCAUACAAGGUCUUUGCUGCCUACGACUCUACUGAUGAAGACACCCUGAUUGAUGCUUUCCUCAUGGCAUACAACGAUGGGGCAGACAUUAUCACGAGCAGCAUUGGUGGGCCCAGUGGAUUCUCCGAUGGUCCUUGGGCUCUUGUGGCAUCUCGUCUAGUUGGCCAGGGUGUCGUUGUUACAAUCGCUGCCGGCAAUUCAGGACAAGAUGGUGUCUUCUACGGCAGCUCCGGAUCCUCGGGCAAAGGUGUUGUAGCUGUCGCCUCUAUGGACCCCAAUGUUCGUGCUGCUUUGCCCUUCAAAGCCUCUUUCGUCAAGGAUGGCCAAGUCAAUGUCACGAAUGUGGGAUAUCUUCAAGGCAACCAGGGAGACCCCUGGGAUGUCGUGGGCUGGUCGAUUUAUCCCAUCUCCUACAACACAACCGACGAGGCCCAAGCCUGCUCGGCCCUCCCUGCUGACACCCCUGACCUGUCUGGGUAUGUCGUUCUUGCUCGUCGCGGUGGCUGUCUCUUCGCUCAAAAGCAAGCAAACCUGUACAAGUUUGGGGCUCAGUACAUUCUGUUUUACGAUACAGAUCAACCAAUGAACUACCCGACGACGACAGAUUACCGCUCUGAGAUUGCUAUGAUUGAGGCUGCGGCUGGCGAGGCCAUGAUCGCUCAUAUCAAAGAUGGAGGCAAUGUUACAGCUGACUUCACCUACUAUCCUGACUGGAUGGUCGGUGUCUACAACUCAGCCGGUGGUAUACCGUCUUACUACACUACUUGGGGUGGCACCUAUGAGUUGGAGAUCAAGCCUGAUGUUGCUGCUCCUGGCGCGAACAUUCUAAGCUCAUACCCAGGCGACCAGUGGGCAAUCAUGAGUGGCACUUCUAUGGCUACUCCGUAUGUUGCUGGUAUUGCCGCCUUGUACAUAUCUGCUUUCGGUGGUCGCGCUGUUCAUGGCAAUGCCAUUGCGAAGCAGAUCACGAAUCGUAUUGUCUCUAGCGGCCGUGCUUUGCCGUGGCAGACGAUGCCCCCAGAUGCCAACCCAGUCGAUUAUGGCUAUUGGGCUCCCGUUCCGCAGGUCGGGAGCGGCUUGGUUGAUGCUUGGAGAGUUCUGAACUACACUACUCAGCUCACCUUUGACAACUUCGCCCUCAAUGAUACCGGUCAUCACAGCCGAUACCAGAAGGUCCAGAUUACCAACAACGGCAAGACCCCAGUGACCUACACUUUCAGCCUUCAGGCAGCAGGCGGUUUCGACUCGCAAUCAUCGUAUCCCAGUUUUCUCGACGCCCUGUGGGAUAUUGAGCCGAAGACUUACGUUCCUACGGUCAGCUUCCCAUCGGGUACGUUUACCGUCAAGCCAGGAGAGUCAAAGGCGGCACAAUUCAACUUCGCUCCUCCUACCGGCUAUGACGAGGCUCAGCUGCCCAUCUACAGCGGAAAGGUGCUCAUCUCUGGAAGUAAUGGCGAAGAGCUCUCCAUCCCUUAUAUGGGAGCGGGUUUCGACCUCAAGAAACAACUACGCAAUACGGUCUUCUCCGAUACCACGCCAUUCCAGGUUGGUGGCGUAAACAGAGACGAUAUCCAGUACUUCCACACGUACGACUUCAAUCUGAGCUGGUACGCGCAGAAUUUCCCCAAGGUCUACACAGAGUUGAAAUGGGGGACGAAAGAAAUUCGUUGGGAUAUUUUCGAGGCCGAUUGGAAGGAAUCGAAGUGGAGCUACCCUCCUGAGAUCGGGAAGAAUGGCUACGUAGGCUCAGCGACUACCUUUACUGGCUCCAACAGCUACUGGAACUUCGACCCAGCUUCCAUGGAUAAAGAAGACGUUCUCAGCAUGCCACAUAUGCGCUUUGCUGCUCUUGUUCCGUUUAGUGACCCGAGUCACUCCGACAACUGGGAUAUUUGGAAAACACCAGUCAUCACAGUUCUCCCUUACACGCCUUGA